AUGGCGCCGCACCCGCUUGAUGGCCUCUCACUGGAGGAGACUCACAAGGCCAGAGAUAUAGUGUGCGGGCUACACUCCGAGCACAACGUCUUCUUCCGGGAAAUCUACCUAGACGAGCCCAAGAAGGCACUGCUCCGGAAGUACCUCACCGCAGAACACAGUGGCCAGCCUCUGCCAUCAAUACCCCGCCAAGCACUUUGCCAGUAUGAUGUGCUGGACGGCAAAGGUGGCGUACAGUCACAGGAAUCGAUCGUUGACAUCGACACCGGAAAGCGAGUGGAGCAUAUCAUUGUGCCGGAGGAGCAUCAUGCGAGUCUGAGCAUCCCUGAAUUUCGAUAUCUCGUGAAUGCAGUAGCUGAAAGCAAGCUUUUCGCCGAUGCUGUCGCAGAGUUGAAGCUACCAGAAGGCUUCGAAGUCGUCGUUGAGCCCUGGCCAUAUGAUGGACUCGGUGCUGACGAGGAGAACAACCGGUAUUUCCAAGGCCUCUGCUUCGGCCGGGAUACCCGACAGAACAACCCAGACUCCAACUUCUAUGCUUACCCUCUGCCCUUGAUACCAGUCAUGAACGCCAAGACGAAGGAGAUCGUUCGGGUGGACCGACUACCUACCGGUGGCGACCAGGACGGCCUACAGGACGAGACGCACAAACCCAACGUGCUCGACCAUUGCGUAGGUGCAGACUACGUACCCGAACUCCUGCCAAAUGGCCCGCGCACAACUUUGAAAGCACUGAACGUGUCGCAACCAGACGGGCCCUCCUUCAGCGUCAACGGAGGCCUGAUCGAAUGGGAGCACUGGCGAUUCCGCGUAGGCUUCAACCCAAGAGAGGGUGCCACAAUCCACGAUGUCCACUUCCAAGGUCGCAGCGUCAUGUAUCGGCUAAGCAUCAGCGAAAUGUCCGUGCCGUACGCAGAUCCCCGAUCGCCGUUCCCGCGAAAGCAAGCAUUCGACUUUGGCGAUGGCGGCAUUGGCUCCGCCACCAACAACCUCAAGCUCGGCUGUGACUGCCUCGGUGUGAUCAAGUACUUCGACGGUGUCAUCAUGGCUGCCAACAACACCGCAGAAGUUGCACCGAACGUUGUCUGUCUGCACGAGCAAGACAAUGGUAUCGGCUGGAAGCAUACCAACUGGCGGACGAACCGUGCUGUCGUGACACGCAAUCGGGAGUUGGUGGUGCAGUUCAUCAUCACGCUUGCCAAUUAUGAGUACGUCUUUGCGUACAAGUUCGACCUCGCGGGCGGCAUUACUGUCGAGACACGCGCCACGGGCAUUGUUUCAGUGGUGAACAUCGAUCCCGGUAAGACGUCCGCUUACGGCAAUGUCGUUUCGCCAGGCGCGCUAGCACAAAAUCAUCAGCACAUCUUCUGCGUCCGGCUUGACCCCGCAGUCGACGGAUACGAGAACACCGUCGUGGUCGAGGAGUCACACCCUGUGGCCGUGGGACCCAAGAACCCUGCUGGAAAUCUGUACGAGGUCCGGAAGACUCCAGUCGAGAAGUCACAAUGGAUCGAUGCCGCAGCUCGUCAUAACCGAGUGAUCAAGAUGGUGAAUCAGGACAAGAAGAACCCAAUCAGUGGCCGCAACGUCAGCUACAAGUUCACGCCAGUCGAUACACAGCUACUGUUGGCGCAGCCGGAAUCGGGACAAGCCCAACGCGCACAAUUUGCGCAGCAUCACGUCUGGGUGACCAAGUAUGCCGAUCGCGAGCUGUACGCCGCAGGUCGCUACCCUCUAUCAUCCAAGGUUGAGAAGGGAGGUCUGAGCGACGCGGUCAAGCGGAAUGACGAGGUGGCCAACAGCGAUGUCGUGGUUUGGAGUGUGUUCGGCUUAACGCACAAUCCGAGAGUGGAGGACUGGCCUGUCAUGCCGGCAGAAGUCCACCAAAUCAAUCUCCGUCCGGCCGACUUCUUCACGGCGAAUCCGUCCAUCGACGUUCCCUCGAAUGUGAAUAGUGCCUCUGUGUUGACGAACGGAUCGACCGCCGCAAACGGCGUGAACGGCUCGAACGGGACAAAUGGUCAUGCUGGGUGCCAUUGA